GUAAAGUCCUGACUCCUACUCCUGCCUCUCCCACUGUGGUCCCUGGAGUUAUCCUCAGACAUGACCUCCUAAGCAGUAGCUGAUGCAGGAAGGACUGUGCAGGAGGGAAGUCCCUCCUCUGGGGCCUCUAGAGUCCGCUUCUUUUGGCCCAGAUGUGGCAAUGGAGGGCAAGGGAUCAAGGGACUUAUUACCCAAGGCAGGAUGGGCCACAUGCAGACGUCUACAAGAAGGAGCCGUGGGGCAGGAGCUCAUGUGCAGAACUGAUUUGUGUCUUGCUGAGUCCACUGCACAGUAAGUGACAGCCCUCCCCUAGUCAGAGCUCUGAUGUGGGGGACCCAGGGCCACCGAAUGUCUGUCCCUGUGUCCCACUGGGACAGAAGGACACUGUGCUCCUUCUCCAGUACGGGAAGGGUCUGAACUAAGCUGGGGCUCUUGCUUGUCUCUUGCAGUUCCUACAGGAUGAAACACCUCUCACUUCUCUUCCUCCUCUUCCCUGUCCCGGGCUUUCUGGACCCCAGCAGGUCACUGUGUUCCAUGGAUGAAGCCACUGACAAGAAGAUCAAGCAAAGCUUCAGAUCCCUACGUGAGGAGCCCUCACCCAACCUUGCUGAGGGCCUCCUCACAGGCUUUCCUCAUCCCUCAUGGGGCCACAGACUCACCCAGCUGCAAGUGUCAGAAGCAGUAAUGAACAUUGGCCUACGAUGCCGGACAGUCUCUUCCAGAGGGGGGUUGGCUUCCUGUCCAGAAGGCUUAGCAGUCACCAGCUGCUCCUGUGGCUUUGCUUGCGGUUCGUGGGAUGUUCGAGAGGGAACGACAUGUCACUGCCAAUGUGCAGGCAUAGAUUGGACAGCAGCCCGUUGCUGUGGCCUGGGGGUUGGUGCCUGAGGUCUUGAGAGUUGAGCUUGCCUGUCAUAUG